GUUGAUGUGGUGAUCGUAGAUAGGCGGAGUAUAAAGACUGAAUUAUUUGGGUUAAUGAAAUAGUUGAAAACCAAUACACUUAGAAAUUGUUAUGAAAACGAGUUAAUCUCUGAUUUAGAGUUGCAAUGUACAAAUUAAGAGGGAUGUAGAAAGAAACGUAUCUGCGCACACAAAUUGGCAACUCUUUUCAAAUUGUGUUCGUCACCAGUGUUUAGAAAAUUGCAGUUGUAUCCUGUUACAUUAAUUUACAAUAAUCCCCUUAACAGUGCAACACCAAUGUCAGAGUUCAACAUUUUAUGGCCUAAAGUGGUGCUGUUUGGUGACUCCUUAACACAGAAUUCUUUUAAUGUCCAAGAUGGUUUUUGGGGUGCUUUAUUAGCUGAUAGACUUCAAAGAAAAGCUGAUGUCAUUGCUAGGGGUUUCUCAGGGUAUAACACACGGAUGAGUAAGGUCAUCUUGCCUCGAAUUUUUAAUUCUGAUAAUAUGAAAGAGGUCAGUUGUCUUGUUAUUUGUUUGGGAGCCAAUGAUGCAUGUGAAAUUGCUGCUACCACCAGACAGCAUAUUCCUUUAGAAGAGUAUUGUGAAAAUCUGAAGGAAAUGAUAGAUUACUUAAAGUCCAUAGGCCUUAAAUUGGAUCAAAUCAUUUUGAUGUCUCCUCCACCAUACGAUCAUGAAAAAUAUAAGGCUUAUUGUGAAGAUCAAGGUAAAGAAGAGCCUGUGAGAAACAAUGUAACUGUGAAACAAUAUGCAGAAGCAUGCUGCCAAGUUGCAUUAACUUGUGGCAUUGAAGGCAUUAAUCUAUAUGCAGCCAUGAUGCAAGACGUGAAAUGGCAGAGAUUUCUUGGGGAUGGGUUGCAUUUUUCAAGUGAAGGAUCAUCAUUUGUAUUCAAGCUUUUGUGGCCUUCCAUUGAAAAGAGAGUUGCACAUCUGCAACAAAUCCUACCUCUGUGGAGUGACAUCAACAGAGAAGACCCAUCUAUAGAUCUUUUACCACAUAAAGACUCCAAAGUUGCUGAUGGAUGACUUGAAACCAAAGAAAUUGUCUAGUAAGUUUUAACUAUGAAACCGGUAAUUCAUGAUAUGAUUCAGUUUUUUACUGCGUGUUACACAGUCUAAAAAAUUUAAAUAUCUUUUUCUAGUUUCUUUUUAAACAUGUGGUUUCUUAAAAUAAUGUAAUGAAACCAUUUUUGAUAUUCUU